AGCCACUACAUAAAAAAAUUGGUGCUAUCUAAAAAUUGGUUAAGGGUUUGGGACCUGCAGGUGCUGCCUACACGUGCGUGUGUUGCAGUCGUGCCUGUUGCCACUGCGCAAAAUGGAGAGAGCUUCUUUGUCGAAUGCAGCAUGUUAAAGCAUGCGCCAUUGCCUGGAAGAAAAGCACGGCCUUCCCUCGUGUGGGACUUCUUCCCUAUUGAUCUGUGGUUUACCUGAAGGGUUACCAUAACCUGCAUAUGUUUCAAAAAAAAAAAAAAGCAAAACAAAAACCAACACCAGCACUAAAGAGUGGCAAGGCAGAUGCUCAUCUGGGGACUCUGACUCAUGGGUGACAUCACCAAGCAAAGCACUGUGAGCGCUUCGGGUCGGGGCUGCUGCGGCGAGCCUCGCAGGCGGGAGGGAGAGCGGGUACGGUUCGCCUCUGGCGGGUCUGUGUCAGCCCUCUGCCCUGGUGGCUUCGUUAGCAGUGAGAGUUUGACUGCUGUGUUCCCAGCUUUGGCUUCUGCACCGAGCAUGUGGCAGAGCCCGCAAGCUGCUUGCUCAGCUGGAAGAGGAAGAGGAGUGACCUCAACUGUGCCGAGGGUUACUUUUAAAAAGAAGAUUUCACUGAUCACAAGCCAGUAGAAGACUUUCAGCCCAAGCAAGGGUGAAGACAGCUCUCUCCAAGAGCAGAGGAAGUCCCUGUGGAGAGAACCCGAGCUUGUUUUCAGAACUUGUCGGCAUGUCUAAACAAGGAGACGAUUGCUACUUCUAUUUCUAUUCUACCUGUACCAGGUAUGGCUGGGUUUAUUUUGCUUUGCUUUUCUUUUUUUUUUCCAUUUUUUUUCAGGAAGGGGUAGAGUAGGAGGAGGAGGCACACUGGUCUUUGGUUAACUUGAUAACCAGAUAGAUUCUGAAUUCAAUGGUAGCAACCUGAGGCAGUAGCAUGGAUGUUUUUGAGGCUGUACUAUAUUUCCUUGUUGGUUUCCUUUUGGUUACAGGGAGACAACUGUUCCUUCCGCCACUGCGAAGCUGCUCUGGGGAACGAGACGGUCUGCAAGCUGUGGCAGGAGGGUCGUUGUUUCAGGAAUGUCUGCCGAUUCAGACACAUGGAAAUUGAUAAAAAGCGCAGUGAGAUUCCGUGCUACUGGGAGAACCAGCCAGUAGGCUGUCAGAAAGCCAACUGUGCUUUUCAUCACACCAAGGGACGUUACAUCGAUGGAGUCUUCUUACCGCCAAGCAAGACUACGCUGCCAAGUCCGCCUGAGUCCGCGGACGAUGAUUUGAAAGUGGCUCAGAUGUCACUGCAGCAAAACAAACUUUCUGUCCAGUCCAAUCCCUCUCCACAGCUAAGGGGGGUGAUGAAAGUGGAAAACUCUGAAAAUGUCCCAAGCCCUACACACCCUCCAGUUGUAAUCAAUGCUGCAGAUGAUGAUGAAGAUGAUGACGACCAGCUUUCUGAGGAAGGAGAAGAAACUAAAACUCCCGUCCAGCAACCAGCUGAGGAAGGCCAAAAUGGAUUACGGAUGAUUUCCACUCGGAAAGCCAGUGCUACUACUGCUAAACAAGAGGACGGUCUGAAUUUUGGAAUAAAAACACUUGAAGAAAUCAAAUCUCAGAAAAUGAAGGAAAAAACUAAGAGACACGGUGAAGGUCCUUCAAGAUCUUCUCUUCCUCCCGUCGAUUCUAUGAUUCUUCCUGCUCCGGAAAAGGAAAAUGUCCGGACAGUGGUGAGAACUGUGACGCUGUCUACAGAGGAAGGGGAGGAACCUGUGAUUCGACUAGAUCUCGCUGAGAAACAGGGAAAACGGAAAGCCUCCGUGGCUGAUGUAAGCGCCCUUCCAGUGAAGCGCAGCCUUGCUGAAAGGCUGGGGAAGAAGGUGGAGGUUCCGGGAAAUGCUGACAAAGCCCCGAAGAGAGUUCAAGUUCCCAAGUCUGUGAAAGAGAGACUAGGAUUACCUUUUCAACAGACUAGUACUGCGAAAGGGAAGGCUGCUAAGCCAAAGGGAGAGAUCCAUGUGAAAACACUAGAGGAAAUCCGUAGUGAGAGAGCUCUUCAGAGACGAGAAACUCAAGCCAAAGCCCAGGCUGAAUGGCAUGGUAAAACCGAAGAUCCCAGCGCAGGGGCAAGACCCGCUCCUGCAGGUCGCAUCAAAACUUUCUCUGAAGCCUUGGCUGAAAAAAAGAAUAAUCGCUUGGUAGAAGAGAAGAAAAAAGCAGGAGAAUUCCAUACCAAGAUAAAAAUUCAGGGUGAGCCCAAGAAGCAGUGUGUGCUCACUCUGUCCGGGCCCAGCAAAGUGCAGUCGAAGGAGCCGGCAGGUAAAGUCAAGGCAGAAGGAGAAGUGCGUGUUAAAACCUUGGAAGAAAUAAAGCGCGAGAAAGCUCUGCGGAUGCAGCAGAGUGGAGGAAAUGUGCCAGCUCCCCCAGCACAAGCUGGACCUGCCCCAGCAGGGCAGAAAUCGUUACGGAACACAAAGCUAACAGCACCUGAAAAAGAAGAAAGGAAGACAGUGGAAUUGAACCGGCCUUUUCCUAAAAUUUACUCUGUAACUGAUGUACAGCCCACUCAGCAGAGUGCAACUCGUACUAAAUUUCAAGUGAAGAGCAUUGACGAGAGACUGUGGGAGAAGUGGCAACUGAGAGAACAACAAGAGAAGCUUCGGAAGGAGGCAGCUGCCGUCCCAUCUACUGCUGGCUUCUUUGCUACUGUACCACUAGGGAAAGAGGCAGCUCAAUUUCAGGAACAGGAAGCUAAAACCAACUUUAACAUGUUUGCGAAGCCUUGGGAUGGGAAAGUCGCUUCCCCCAAGAAGAAGGCACUGAAACGUAAGGCACCUGGGAGUUUUCCCUCUGCUGUAGCAGCCGUGAAACCCCGGACUGCCUUUGAUGCUGACACCAUGGGACCUCCAGCCAAAAAAGCAGCUAUGGCUGUUCCAGCCGUGCUGGAGCACGUCCCAGCCACCAGACUUGAAGAAAAUCCCCGAAACAGACCUGAAGCACAUCUUGGAAGCCAGGCAGAAUCUGCGGAGCCGAGGGAGUUCUCAAGCUCGACUUCAGCUUCUUCCCAGCUAGAAGAAGCAAGGACACGCCGGCUGAGUUCCACAGGCAACGCGCCCUUAUCUGUAGAUGAGGAUUUUGAGAUGCUCCUUUGGGAAAUCUCAGGCGGCAGACUGGAAGCCGAACUCGACUUGGACCCAGGGAAGGAUGAGGAUGACCUCCUCCUUGAACUUUCCAAGAUGAUUGACGAUUGAACUGCAGAGUCCUAUGGUAUAUUUAAAAAAAAAAAAAUUAAAACUCUUCUUCUUGUUGGAUGCCCCGAGGUGAUCCUUUUUCUAACUGAGGCUUUGCAAUGAGACUUAAAGCACAGUUUGAACUGGUAGAAAUUGGCAGGAGCUGCACUCAGUUGUCCUAAGUUUCCCUGCUGGUCAGAGUUAAGGUCUUGUGCAUCCGUUCUGUAACUAUAGGUGGCUACCUUGGAUAUCAAGAGGACAAAGCACUUGUUUCUUUCGGCACAGAAAGAUGUCCAUCGGCACGCUGUGGUGGCUGUGAAUUGACGUAGUGACGGAGCCGUGCUCUGAAGGCUUAAACGUAAAGCUUCUUCCUUCCUCCCCCCUUGGCACAACUCGAUGUUGGGCACAUUGUGAAGCUUCGGCGUUCUGAUUUCUCGGACAGUCGAUACCCAAAUCCCGGAGUUACUGCGUCAACUCUUGGCUUUUAUUUGUGUAUGCCAUCGUUUUGACUGUAAUCUUUUCAGGUGAUGAAGCUGUAGGGGCGGGAGGGAGCAGAAUAAUUAUUCUAGCGUUGUGGACCAAACAUGCUGCCAGGAGUGGGGGGGGGGGGUCAGCCCACCCAGCCUUACUUUCAAUGAUCAGGGAUGAUAAAAUGGGGUGAAAAGCAGCAGCUCUGCGAUACGGCUCCGCUACCCCCACUCCCUUCUCUUGUGCUGUACCAAAGUUCCCCCAAGCUUUGGUUGGUGCUUUUGGCUGGUGAGAGUAGGACUCCGGGGCGAGUAGUCGGGACUCUUCUGCGGUAACUGGGUCAAUUAAGGGUUGGUUUAAGUGCCUCGUGGUUUUUAAAAUUGCUCCCCUGAGCUGCUGGCUCUGCUGCCUGCUCCAGCAAAUGUUCGGGUGCCAUCAGCGUCGCACUUGGGCGUGGGCACUGACCCUGCGGAGGAUAGCUGAGACUCGGGUGUAUUGUGUACCCUGCCACCAGUGAUCGUUUUCCCCUAGCAGAUCUAUUUUGAAUGAUUUUCUGAAAUUUUAGAGGAACUUGAGGCUCUUCGUGCUAUGGUUUGUGAAGCUGUAGGGGCCCUCAGGCAUUUGCUGCUGGCAGAGGAAAACCGCUUGUCGAAUUUGUUGUAAAUACUUUCUGUUUGGACAACAA